AUGCGCAACUCUCAGGUGCUGAGCGAGGGGGAGCAGAUAUCAGCUCUUCCAGUAGCGGACCGACUCCAGCUCCUUACCGCGAUCGUUCAGCAUGGAAAAUACGAUGCAUCUUCGCCAGAGCUGAAGCAGGUUCUCGACAGUACGAUAUCGGAAGCCCGUGAAGGUUUGGUACAAAGUUCUGACGAUCUCCUCCACCUCGCAUGGGUCCUCUGCGGUCUCAAACAGAAGGAGGCGCUUCGAAGCCUUCUCCCGACCAUGAAACGUCACAUCGAAUCGCCAGAACUGAUCGUCUAUGUGGUGCACUACCUUCGAAUGGCUGACGUGAAGGGGGAUCUCGCCGUGCAUG